GCAUUUAAGUGUUUUCCUUACAUGCAGGGUUUGUUGUUUUAUAAAAUAUUUAUAAUUGCCGAGUGGUGGUGAUAGAUGCCGUUACUGCCAACAAUUGGGAGGCAAAAGCAGACCAAACUCUGUGUGUUGGAGGCCAGCCUGGAUUUUAGAGCAAGUUCAAGGACAGCCAGUGUUAUACUACACAGAAAAUUCCUGACUUGGAAAAACAAAGAAAAAAUUCCCAAUUAUUUUGUUUUGUUCCAUGGGAAAAAAUGAUCAGGCAUCUGGACUUUUCUUUUCUUUUUUUUUCUUUUUUUUAUUAUUAACUUGAGUAUUUCUUAUUUACAUUUCGAGUGUUAUUCUCUUUCCUGGUUUCCCGGCAAACAUCCCCCUAAUCCCUCCCCAUCCCCUUCUUUAUGGGUGUUCCCUUUACCCAUUUACUGGAAAGCAGUCUGUCUAAAAUGAAUCAUUUACACUACCAAAUAGUUUAUUUAUAUUGUUACUUCAUAGUGUAUCUUUUUAAUUUUAUAAUCCUAUCAGAAUAUUUAUAACAUAAUAAUUAUAAGGUAAUAAGAUAUUAUGGUGGGAACUUCCCCUUUAGAUGUGGACUAUUGUCAACUUCAAAUUCAACAAAGUAUGUUAUGAAAGGUGAUGGGAUCCUGUAGAAAGGAAGUUUUAUUCUCAUUUUGGAACUCAAAACAAAUUAUAAGUGUUAAUCAGACUUCAUUUUGACUGUGUAAGUGUAUUUUUACACAGUAUUCAUUUGUGAAGUAUAAUAAAAAACAAAUACACAUUACUUUUUCAAAUUAAUUUCAAAAUUUAGACCUUAAUCCUAAAGUCACAGUAGGUGUUUUAAAACAUAUAGAACGCUUAUAUCUGGCAACCUGUGAAUAUCUGUAUGAUUUAUUCACCCAUAUUAUUUUUAAUUCUAAGAAAAAACAAGGCCUACCGGCAUAACAGUAAGGUGGAGACUUGGUGAGAGGAGAGUUGCUGAGAGAGGAAGGGAGUAAGAAUGGGUGUAUGAAGUUAUUAAAAACAUAAAGUUUAAAUAAUAUUUACUAUAGCCUACUACAUGUCUCACUUUAAACCAUGGUCCUAGAUAUGAGCAUUAUUGAUGCAAUAGUAUAUCCUUUAUCUCCUAGCAACAGUAGCCAUAGUGUUGUGAAAAGUAAGGUACAGAAACUGUGGGGAUAUAAGUCAAUGGGGAACUCUAUAGAGAAGGAAGUUAGUUUUAGUUCUGUAGGUUGUUAAGUCCAAAUUCAACAAAGUAUGUUGUCAAAACUGUGUGUUAAGAAUGAAAACAAAGUCAAAUCUGAGGAUGAAUCGAUCUUGGGGAGAGCUGAGGUGGUUACCAAUCUUGAAGUUUUCUAAAGUAGGAGACACCUACCUCUCUCUAUAAGCAUUUACUUUGUUCUAUUGACUUCACAAUGUCGGAGAUCAGAUUCAGCAAUCUCACUUGGGAUCACAUUGUAACACUGGACCGUGUGUUAGAUGAAGUAAUCCCAAUUCAUGGAAGGGGCAAUUUCCCCACGCUGGAGGUAAAACCAAAAGAUAUUGUUCAUGUUGUAAAAGAUCAACUCAUAAAGCAGGGCAUUAUUGUUAAAGAUACAAGAUUGAAUGGCUCUACAGCAAGUUACAUACUCGCAAGCCAUAAUGGAAUCAGCUAUAAAGAUUUGGACAUUAUUUUUGGUGUUGAUCUUCCAAGCGAUCAAGAAUUUCAGGUAGUUAAGGAUGCAGUUUUAGGCUGUCUACUUGACUUUUUACCAAAAGGUGUUAAGAAAGAAAAGAUUACCCUAAAAACCAUGAAAGAAGCAUAUGUGCAGAAAAUGGUAAAAAUUUGCAGUAACAACGAUCGUUGGAGUCUCAUCUCCCUUUCAAAUAACACUGGGAAGAAUGUAGAACUAAAAUUUGUGAACUCACUCAGACGACAAUUUGAAUUUAGUGUAGAUUCUUUCCAAAUUCUUUUGGAUUCCAUGUUAGAUUUUUAUAGUGUCCCAAAUGCCAAGCUCACCAAAGAAUCCUGUCCUGUUGUGGUGGCUGAAAGUAUGUAUGGCGACUUCCAAGAAGCAAUGGUCCAUUUGAAAUACAAGCUAAUAUCUACCCGAAAGCCUGAAGAGAUCAGAGGUGGUGGCCUUUUGAAGUAUAGCAAUUUGUUGGUUCGUGACUUCAAGCCAGCCUGCCAAACAGAAAUUAAGACUCUGGAACGUUAUAUGUGUUCUAGAUUUUUCAUUGACUUUCCUGAUGUAGCAGAACAGCAAAAGAAAAUUGAAUCGUACCUCCGCAACCAUUUCAUAGGUGAAGAAAAGAGCAAGUAUGAGUACCUUAUGACCUUGCAUGGAGUUGUGAACCAAAGCACUGUCUGCCUCAUGGGAUAUGAAAGAAGGCAGACCCUUAACAUGAUCACCCUUUUGGCUUUGAAAGUACUUGGAGAACAGAAUAUUUUACCUAGUACAGACAACGUAACUUGCUUUUAUCAACCUGCUCCAUAUCUAGUUCUUGAGGGAGGAUACCCUAGUUAUUAUGUAGCAUCUGGGCCACCACUGGUUUAUUUCCAGCCAUGUCAUACAGUGCAGUUCCCUGUGCAAAAUGGUAUGAUGUAAGAAAUGCACGUACCAGGAGUUUUGCUUAAGCACCAAUGAAAGGCAGUUUUCCAAGUUCUGUAAAAAGUUAAGAUCUAUUUUUGUGUAGUUGCCAACUAUUUUUCAACAGUUGAAGCGUCAAAAAUCAUAGUAGAUAAGGUAUCAUCUCUAAACUGACAUUUGAACGUGAUCAUUGAAUGUUGUAACUGUAAAAUAUUUCAAAUGUAGUAGAAUACUUGAAAUGAUUCUUCAAGUCUUACUGACGCAGAUUUACUGUGACCAGGAUAAGAUGAGUACCUAUUUGGCUAACAUCUGAAAGAACACUUCUAAUGUUUUCAAAAGAAGUGUAGUGAAGAUAUAUUAACAACAUUUUUAUGUACAAUUAGUUCCUUGUUAUACUGUUUUUUCCUUAGCAAAUAAUAACAGGAAAUUUUUGUUCAUAAAUUGAAAGUAUCUGAUUUCAAAGAUAAUUUUAAAUGAUGUUAAAACAAUGGAUUGUAAGCCCGUGUUUCCCAGUACAACUUAUUGGCUUGAAAACACUACUAAAAUUUAAAGAACCACUUGGAAAAGUAUUCUGGAAAACAGGAAUGUUUCCCUUAUCUUGUAAGAAUUCAGCUAAUCUGUGGAUCAAAAAGUACCUUUCAGAACAACCAAGAACAUAACUUACUAUGCAGGGAUUUUUGGAAUGUAAUUAAGUUGAAAUGAAGAAAAAGACCAAUUCUGAACAUGAAACUAUUCUAUCAUCAUCUCUUAAGAUAAAACUAAAUAGAAGACAAAAAGAAAAAUACCACCACCAAUGACAAAAAAUUAGAGAUUUAGCCAUGACGUUUAAGAUCUCUUUUACCUAUUUCGUCAGGAUCCUAAUACAUCUGGAAAUGUUCAUCAUUAGAUAUUGAAAGCACUUCUCACUAAAUGAAAGAUUUUUCCAACACCAAAGAUUUGUUUCUAGUAUCUUCUUCAAUGUUAGAUUUUAGUUAAUACUACACUUUUCCAGUAUUGCAUAUAUUCGCCAUUAUUCUGAAUAUCUUCUCAUUACAUCAGAUAUCCACUAGCAAAUCUAUGUUUGUGGUUUAAAAUGAAUUUUCAUACAUGUUUAAAAGAGCUGUUAUAUGGGAUGAUAUAUAACAAACUAUUCUGAAUGAAUGUCAAUCAGGCCAUCGAAAAAUUUAAGUAUUUUCCUAUCACACAAGAACCAGCAAAAUCUUGAAAUGUGCUACCUAUAGACUCUAUGUAAAGUCAUUUUUCAGUAUUGUAGUAUUGAAUAGAAUAGUACGAUUUCUAUGGAAUUUUUCAAGUAGCCAGUAUUUCUGAUGUUUUCUACACAUACAUCACUGGGCAUUGGUGUGUUUAAAUAAUUAUAUGUGUAAUACAAAAUCCCAAGACUUUAAAAUAUUUGGAUUUACCUUUUCAAGUGGAGUUAAAAUAAAAAUUAUUAAAUAAUAAA